ACUCUCAUCUGCUUCUGGCAUUUUAAAGUCACUUACUUGAACAAAAAAACCUAAUUCUUGAGAACCCUAGCAGCAUAAUCAAGGUGAGGGAGAUGGCAAAACGCUUAAUUCCUAGCUUCAACCGCGUUCUCAUUGAGAAAAUUGUCCCUCCCUCUAAGACCAGCGCUGGCAUUCUCCUCCCUGAGAAGUCCUCCCAGCUUAAUGCGGGCAAGGUGAUAGAAGUUGGACCCGGAGCACGUGACAAAGCAGGGAAUUUAAUUCCGGUAUCCGUCAAUAAAGGGGAUCACGUGCUCUUGCCAGAUUAUGGUGGCACUCAAAUCAAGCUCGAUGACAAAGAGUUUCAUUUGUUCAGGGAUGAGGACAUUCUGGGCAUUCUGCGUGAUUGAUGUCAUGUUUGCCUGGAAAUGCAAAUUCUGGGUUGGUUGAAAAAUAAUUUAGUGUCUUGUUCGAGAAUGUAACUUUGGACUAAAUACUUGAGAGGGAAAGGGUUGAUUUUUUAGCAGUUUAAGCUAUUUUGUAUUCUGAAAAAUUGGCAAUGGGAAUGGUGCUUCUUUC